AUGACCGAACUCAAGACCGACGAUUCCAAAGCCCCUUCCUACAUCUCCAUCGACUCGGUCGACAAGGUUGAAAAACAAGAGCGAGAGCAUACAAGCCCCAAGGCUCCCUGCUCGACCCACGGACCCAGCCAGGCUCCGCUUCUCGAUCGCGAAUUACAAAAGCCACAAGCAAAAGAGAUCAUACGUGCGUUGUCAGCGGCAUUGAACGAUCUCGCCGAUGAGAAGCACUGCACCAAGUGCACGGUGGAGAGUAUCUCGACUCUACUCACAAGCCACGCUCGGGACAUCAAGGCCGCGAAGCGGAAUGGAGAGUGGUCUAAAGAAGACAGAAAAGCACUUAAGGCGGAGGUCAAGGGUCUGUUUAAGGGAGUCAAAAAGGAUGUGAAGAGCCUUUGGAAAGGAGAGAAAUGA